CUUCUACGCCCGUACCUUUGGCGCAGUACAGCAAGCUGCACCCAGUAGUUCCAAACCUCCCCCAUUCAGGUCCGUGCACAGCUCUUCUACACGCGCCCACAAAUCACUUUCCGCCAUCACCCAACUAUCAUCUAAAUUACGACCUCUACUACUACUACUACUACUACUACUACUCUUCUUCUCCUCCUCGCUAAUAACAUAUCUCUCCUAAUUGCCCCCCAGUCCCUCGUUUCACAUCCACCUACCAUUGUCAUCUCAUCCAUUGUUAUCGCGCCCUGUCCCCCCGCUGUCGUCUACGUUCCUCAAAUGUCGACGUGAGCCUCACCCUCACGAGUCCUACUGCUACCCUUUAUGCGAUCUCGACCACGCGGCUUGACCAUAGACACAAAGAUGCUGCUGAACUCGCCGACGGCGACAAAAUUCGGUGGCGCCUUCCCCAAACAGAUCCAACGUGCUUUACCUGUCGGCAUCGCCGUCGUCGUCCUCUUCUUCAUCCUCUCCUCCGCUGGCUUCCGUGGCGUCUCGCUAGAGAACUCGUUGGAGGAAAACUCCCACAUCAGCAAAGGCUUUCCCCGCAAAAUAUGGCAGACAUGGAAAGCUGACGCUCUCAACCUGGAAGAACGAGAUCUGGGGCGCGCACGAACAUGGACCACAAAAAACCCCAGCUAUCGGUACGAGCUUCUUACUGACGACACCGACAUGUACUAUGUCGAGACUCACUUCGGCCCGGAAGGCUUCAAUCGACCCGAUAUCGUGCACAUGUACCGUUCCAUUACUGCCAGAAUCAUCAAGGCCGAUCUGUUGCGCUAUCUCAUCAUGUACGCUGAAGGUGGUGUGUACACCGAUAUCGAUGUCGAAGCUAUCCGUCCACUCGAGCGAUUCAUCCCCGAACGAUACAAUGUCGAAGAUGUUGAUAUGAUUGUCGGUGUAGAAAUUGACCAACCUGAGUUCCGCCAACAUCCCAUUCUCGGACAGAAAUGCCAGUCGUUCUGCCAAUGGACUUUUGUCUGCAAGCCGCGUCUGCCCGUCAUGAUGAAACUCGUCGAGCACAUCAUGAAGUGGCUCAACGAGCUGUCAAGGAAGCAGAACAAGUCGAUUGGCGAACUUGAACUUGACUUUGACGAAGUCAUCACAGGAACUGGGCCGUCUGCCUUCACAGAUGCCAUCAUUGCUGAGAUGACCAGAAAAGAGGGCAAGGUUGUUGGCUGGGAUCAGUUUCACGGCAUGUCCGAGUCAAAGCUCGUUGGAGGAGUUCUGGUUCUCACUGUGGAGGCUUUCGCUGCAGGCCAAGGUCACUCCGACUCGGGCAAUCACGACUCUCGCUCUGCAUUGGUGAAGCAUCGAUUCCAUGCGUCAGGGUGGCCAACUACCCACCCUCGUUACUUGCAUCCCGUCUACGGCGAGGUGGAGCACUGCAACUGGAACGCCGAUUGCGUCAAAGCGUGGGAUGAGGGCACAAAGAACUUUGAGAGCCUCCCUCAAGAAGAGAAGGACAAACUGAUUGCUGAGAAGAAGAUCAAAGAUGAGGAGGAUGAGAAGAAACGCAUCAAGGAAGAAGAAUUGAGCUACGCUGCAAACGCAGUCUUGGGCCUCAUCGGUGCUGGGCAGGUUCCCUUGACACCGGACAGUGUUUCGAGCCCAGCAGAUGCUCCCGCCCCCGAACAGGGACCGCCCGCAGCAUUUCCACCAAGCGAUCCACCAGCCGCAUUUCCACCUCCUCAAGAACAGCCAGCGUUCCCGGCGCCUGACGCAAGCCAUCAGGAAGCGAAACUACGGAAGAUAUAGUCGCACAUUAGAUGGGACUCUCGACGCAUUUACAAUUCCAGCGAUUUCCAACGUUUUCUGACGGCUCUAUGGUCUUUUAUCAUUUUGGUGGUUGGUGUUUCUGGUGUUGAGCGGAAUUGGGUAUAUCCAGCCGGUUGGCUUGUUCACUAUCUAGAGGGCGGUGCAUUAUCAUAAUAGACGUUGUAUAUACGAACACGAUAGCAUACGACAUGCAGCAGCACAAAUGACAAGGCACAUAUUCUAACGUGUU